AGUGCCCAUCCGCCCACUCCCACUCCCACUCCCACUACCCCAUCCCCUCCAGUGCGGCGCCACCUUCCUUCCGCAGUUCCGCUCCCCGUCUCCUCUCUUAUGGUGCCCCGCCGCGUGCCGCGCCACCACUAGCGCGCUGCCCCUUCCCCGUCCGUCCAUGGCCGCCGCGUCGUUCGCCCGCGCCUUGCCUCUCCUCGUCCUCUUUCUCCUCCUGGCCGGUGCGGCGCGGGGCAAGACGGUGAAGAGAGACGUGAAAGCAUUGAAUGAGAUAAAAUCUUCACUGGGCUGGAGAGUUGUAUACUCAUGGGUUGGUGAUGACCCUUGCGGGCAUGGUGAUCUACCACCCUGGUCUGGUGUGACAUGCUCACAGCAAGGGGAUUACAGAGUUGUGACUGAACUGGAAGUCUAUGCUGUAUCUAUAGUUGGUCCUUUCCCAACAGCAGUAACUAACCUGUUGGAUCUGAGAAGAUUGGAUCUUCACAAUAACAAGUUGACAGGGCCAAUUCCUCCGCAGAUUGGACGGUUAAAACAUCUCCGGAUAUUGAACCUGAGGUGGAAUAAGCUUCAAGAUGUGCUUCCUCCUGAAAUUGGUGAACUGAAGAAACUGACACACUUGUACUUGAGCUUCAACAAUUUUAAAGGCGAGAUUCCAGUGGAGCUUGCAAACCUGCCAGAACUUCGUUACCUUUAUCUUCAUGAGAAUCGCUUCACGGGGCGGAUCCCUUCAGAACUGGGAACUCUAAAGAACCUACGUCACCUUGAUGUUGGGAACAACCAUUUGACAGGCACUCUCAGGGAUUUUAUUGGCAACGGGAAUGGCUUCCCCUCCUUGAGAAAUCUUUACCUUAACAAUAACGAAUUGACUGGUGUGCUGCCAGAUCAGAUUGCAAAUUUGACAAACCUCGAGAUUUUGCACUUGUCCAAUAAUAAGAUGAUUGGAUCAAUAUCGCCGAAGCUAGUUAACAUCCCGAGACUGAUCUAUUUGUACUUGGACAAUAACAACUUCAUUGGAAGGAUACCCGAAGGGUUAUACAAGCAUCCAUAUCUGAAGGAGCUAUACAUUGAAGGAAACCACUUCAGGCCAGGAACCAGACCAAAAGGAACGCACAAGGUGCUGGAACUGCCUGAUGCUGACAGUUUAGUUUAGCCACGCUCGUUUAGGGUCCUGUAGUAGACUGCUACAGACACCACAAUUACUUUUUAGCAUAUACAGUAUGUAGCUAUGUUUCUCACUGUACUGUUCAGUGACAAAUCUACAAAGUGCUAAGAAAGGGAGGAAAAAACACUGAACAGUAAAGGACACUGUCAUACUCCCAUCAUCAUUGGAUGAGUGUACAGGCUGUAUUGUUUACCGCAUCCCUCUGCGUCUUUGCUGUAUGACAGAGAUACUCUUCAGAUGUAACCCCAGCAAAUUGCAAAUUUGCAAUGCCACCUACAGCACUGGUACAACCAGCGGCCAAUGAUAUUCCUGUUACACCACUGGA